GGGGGCCCGGAGGAGCAGGAACGGAAGGGGAGGAAGAAUCAGGAGGAUGAGAAAGUGCUUAAAGUUGCCGACGCAAAGAAAACUUUUGAAAAGCAUAAGCCACCAGAGGGGAAAGCACCAACACCACCACCCAGCACAGCCAGAAAAGACACAAUGAGGCGAGUGGUACGACAGAGCAAAUUUCGGCAUGUGUUUGGACAAGCAGUGAAAAAUGAUCAGUGUUACGAUGACAUCCGCGUUUCCCGUGUUACUUGGGAUAGCUCCUUUUGUGCAGUAAACCCCAAAUUUGUUGCAAUAAUUGUAGAAGCUAGUGGUGGCGGAGCAUUCCUGGUGCUGCCUUUGCACAAGACGGGCAGAAUUGACAAGUCAUAUCCAACAGUUUGUGGCCACACUGGACCGGUGCUUGACAUAGAUUGGUGUCCUCAUAAUGACCAGGUCAUCGCCAGCGGUUCUGAGGACUGCACUGUCAUGGUGUGGCAGAUUCCCGAGAAUGGACUCACCCUGUCCUUGACGGAGCCGGUGGUAGUUUUAGAAGGCCAUUCGAAAAGAGUCGGCAUUGUGGCUUGGCAUCCUACUGCACGUAAUGUGCUGCUCAGUGCAGGUUGUGAUAAUGCAAUCAUCAUCUGGAAUGUGGGAACAGGUGAAGCCCUCAUCAACUUGGAUGACAUGCAUGUGGAUAUGAUUUACAAUGUGAGCUGGAAUCGCAAUGGCAGCCUAAUCUGUACAGCUUCCAAAGACAAAAAAGUUCGAGUUAUUGACCCCAGGAAACAAGAAAUCGUUGCUGAGAAAGAGAAAACCCAUGAGGGAGCCCGGCCCAUGCGAGCCAUUUUCCUUGCUGAUGGGAACAUCUUCACAACUGGCUUCAGUCGCAUGAGUGAGCGGCAGCUUGCCCUUUGGAAUCCAAAGAACAUGGAAGAGCCAAUAGCCCUUCAUGAGAUGGACACGAGCAAUGGGGUCCUGCUGCCGUUCUAUGAUCCAGACACCAACAUUAUUUACUUGUGUGGCAAGGGGGACAGCAGCAUUCGCUACUUUGAGAUCACAGAUGAAUCCCCAUAUGUUCACUACCUCAACACCUUCAGCAGCAAAGAGCCGCAGAGGGGGAUGGGGUUCAUGCCAAAGAGGGGCCUGGAUGUGAACAAGUGUGAGAUUGCCAGGUUCUUCAAGCUUCACGAGAGGAAAUGUGAGCCCAUCAUCAUGACGGUCCCUCGAAAGUCGGACCUUUUCCAGGAUGACCUGUACCCUGAUACAGCUGGCCCUGAAGCAGCUCUGGAAGCAGAAGAGUGGUUUGAGGGGAAGAAUGCUGAUCCCCUGCUCAUUUCCUUGAAACACGGGUACAUUCCAGGCAAGAAUAGGGACCUCAAAGUGGUCAAGAAGAAUAUACUGGACAACAAGCCUGCAGCAAACAAGAAAAGUGAUCUCAUAAAUGCUCCAAAGAAAGCAGCUGAUGCCUCAAACAUUCAAAAUGAAGCCAAAUUGGAUGAGAUUUUGAAAGAGCUGAAAUCUAUAAAAGACACGAUCACCAAUCAAGACGAGCGCAUUUCCAAGCUAGAACAGCAGAUGGCGAAGAUUGCAGACUGAGCGGAGGGCGAGAGCAGCGGCUGGCACACGCUGCCAGCCCUGAACACAUUCCAGUUCCCAAGUUCGGCAAGCAGCAGCGUGCAGCAUUCCAAUACGAGCUUUCCUGUUCUCCUAAAUUAACGUCAACGAAAGCGGAUGAUUAAAAGCCAAGCUUUUUAGUGAAAAGAUUUUUUUUUCCUGAUGUUUUAAUGAAUUAUGUGACUGUGUCAAACAAGUCAAAAAGAAUAAGUGCUACUUUUACAGUCUUUUUUCCAGAUGUUAUGAAUUCUUGAAAACAAACCCCUUCUGACUUUCAAUGUUGUGCCCAAAUAUCUUUUUUCUAGAUUUAGGGACCAAUGCCACAUUGUUCUUAACCAUUUUUUAAAGUUGCCAAAAACAAAAAAAAAACAAAGGUUGCUUUUUAUUUUUCUUAUUUGCCACUUUGCAGUAUUUGUGUUUUAAAUUUAAAGGGACGGCACUGUGUGUGUGUGCGUGUGUGUGCGCGCAUGUGUGUGUGGUGGGUGUUUAUACUGUUUAGAGAACAAAACUGAAGCUAUUUUAUAUAAAUCUUCGAUUUUGAACAAUCAGAUCAGUUUCGUUUGCAGUGUGGCCAAGGCUGCUGCUGAGACCCCUCAUAAAUCCAUGCUAGUUGACUUUCCUGCCUUGUGUUCUGGUCACUGUUUCCUGUUAGGUAGAAAACACGAUUCCGAAUGAGGUGAUUCAUGCCACAAAAUGCCUUUUGCCCCUCUGCACCCUACAGAAAUUUUAAACUAGCUUCAUGUUGCUCUUUCAAAGUAAUCCAGUGUUUUGGAUUAUUUUAGCCAUGUCCAAAUGGGCAUGUUUUAGUUGCUGAGUUUGUUUUUAUUUUAAGGCAAAAGUUACCUUAAUGCAGAAAAUGUUUUUACAUUUAUCCGUGGACUAUAAAGUUUAGGGCGUGCAAUGAAAGAUAAAUGCCAGUUUGCGAGCGGUGGGACAUUCGCAUGUAACCAGGUUCUCCCUUGUGUCCGUUUCAGCUGUAUGCAUUGCUGUAAAUAUUUGUUUCUGCACUAGAGCUGCAACACCAGGAUCUUUGGCUCGUUUACUUUAAGAAGCUUUUAAAAUUUGUGAGCUUGCAAUUCUUUGGCCCCCAACUUUAGUGCUGCUGUUAGAAAUUUCUGCCCUGACUUUGCUUCCAAAGCACCAUUAGAAAUAGCUAGGUGAUUUUAUAGUGACAGGUCUCCAGAAACGAAAUUCCUCUGUUUUUUGGGUUUUUUUUCUCCCUCUAUCAUUCCUGCCUCGUUACCCCGCCCCUGCAGUAAAACUUUGCAGGAAAUAUUUUGUUCUCGGAUCAGAUAAGUGACCUUCAUCUGAGGUGCACUGCAAUCCCAGCCCUUUGGAGUGGAAGGGCUAGGGGAGGGUUAUUCUUUUUUGGUCCCAGUUUGGAGAACUGAUUUCUCAUGCUGUCCUUUGAGAUCCUCAGGUGAAAGACCCAGUGAGCUCACAGCACUCAAUAGCGCAUCUUGAAAUUUCUUCUAUGCCUC